CGAACUACAACAAUCCCCAUCAAGUAUUUGUUUCUUUUUUAGCACAAGUUACAGUUACAUAUUCAAUCAUACUUCAAUGGCACUCAGAGCAACUAAUUUGGUGAGAUCUUUGGUGAAUAGGUCAAGAGGAAGUUUUGGAUUUGCUACUUCAACCUCACCCAAGAUGAAGGCCUUCUCGCGUGCCGCUGAUCACGGUUAUGCUCAUCAAGAUCCCAAACCAAAGACGUUGAAAGGCGAAUAUGCACCCGUAUACGUCUCACUCGGAUUGAUUCUAAUGUCGGUUAGCAUCGGAACAUACACGGCGACACAUCAACUAAAAAGAUCACCAAACGUUUUCGUGAAGAAAUCGAAGAGGGAGACACUACCAGAGCUGGUGGAGCCGGAAAAGGUGGCCGAAGAGUCCGAAGAGUUCAUCAAGAAAUCAUUCUUCAGGAAAAUCGCACAUGUUCAGGACGCGGACCGCCAAGAAAUCAUGCCUGAUCCGAUCCGAGGGGAUACUUACGCAAUGCACCCGAAGCCUUAUACCGAGUCGCUGAAGUCGGUUGGAGUGGAGGUGGAGAAGAAGCCGUUUGUUGAGCUGCCGCCGAUGAAACACUGAAGAUGAGUGGGUUUAUGUGUGAAAACAGGGUCUUUUGUUUGUGGUUUGUAAAUAUGUUAACUGUAGAUUUGGAUUGUGAUCAUGGGAUUAGACAGUUGUUGAUUUCAUAACUGCACUGAAGCAACAACAUGAAAAUGGUCCCAAGAAAGUAAAGUUUCAAUAGAGAUGCAUUACCUAAAUCAUCAUCAUCGUAAAUCCCAUCAAAGGUAGGGUCUGAGAGGGUAAGAUGUAGACAGCCUUACCUCUACCCCGUAGGAAUAGAGAGGCUUCUUCCAGUGAGACCCCUGGCUCGAUAGUAACUUUGCAUCAAGCCUUGUACAUAAGACAGAUAACACUCAAUCAGUGCCAGCUCAACCAUUUUGAUGGCCCAAAGCAAAAUGGAAAUUUGAGGCUUUUUUUUCCAAAUUCCGUUGUUAUAAGGGUGUUGCUAAAUGCACUUCUAUUUUUUUUAAUUUUACUGGUUGCACUCCCCCCUCAAGUUUGUAAAUAAAUACAAUCAACCCUUGUAUUAUGUAAUUUUUGAAAAUUUGUAUUAGGAAAUAUCCCUAUUUUUUC